AACUAUUCCGGAGAGAACAUUGAACACUCCAUCCUUAUCGGUGCGGGGUAAAAACCUUUGAAACAUGAACAAAAUACGACUUCUCGCAUGAUUUCAAUAUACAUAAGUGCAUUAUACAGAGUGUUGCAUUUAGUGAAAAUAUAGUUUGCACGUAAUUUCAUAUGAGAAUCCAUCGAAUCGUUCAGCAGCAAUUUUCAAUUAUGAAGGCCACUCGCAGUCGUUGUCACGCUCUCGCAUGAUACAUAAAGAGACUACGUUUGACGUAUAGAAAGAUGGUGACCGACCGAUAGCGAAGUUUGAUAACGCAAAUUCCCGAAUAUUUCCACUUGUCCUCGCCGCGAUAAGAUCGUUGGUCGUGCGAGGAAUGGACGACAGAUCGCUGGGGAUGUCGUGAGCGGUUGGAGGCUGUUAAUUUCGAAUCCGCUUGUGCACAUCACAGAUAUUGCAAAGGAGCAAUUCAGUGAAAGAAUUAUGAAUUCUUUAAAGUAGUCACCGUGAAUUGCAAUAAAUUUUUUACAAUGUCUCAUUGCGAGGAGGAUGCGGCGUCUCCUGGUUUCCACCAAUUGAGCAUUACAAUUGAAGCAGCAAUAUUGAGAAGUUCAACCUUUUUAAAGCCUAAUCCGUAUAUCGAAUUCUCAGUCGAUGAUAAGAGCCCUCGUAAAACAGAAGUAUCAAAGUCUACGUAUCAACCGAAAUGGAACGAGGAAUUUACUAUACUUGUUACACCAUAUUCACAAUUGCACUUUCGAUUACUUGACCAUAGUACAUUUCGCAAAGAUACGUUAAUAGGAGAAAAACGGAUAAACCUAUUCCAAGUGUUAUCACAUUAUAAUGGGAAACUAGAAAAUUUAGAAUUAACAUUUGACUUAAUGAAUGAGAGCAAGCACGAUUCUCAAUUGUGCAAGGUUGGCGAAUUAAUCACGGUAUUUGAUGGACUUAGAAUCGAUACCGCUAAUGAAAUGCCAAUAAAUGAACCAUCUUGCCAAAUACAAUCUGAUGGUGCCACAAAUGAUACAAUCAAUAACCGAAGUAUUCUCAACGGCGGAGUCCGUGCACGUAUGAGAUUACACAGUUCGGAAAAUCUUGCACCGUCUAUAUAUCGUGGCUUAACAAAUAUCCACUUUAGUCCCAAUUAUAAUGGUGGAAACAGUCAAGCAAACAGCAACAAAAACGUUGGGCUCUCUACUACGAUCUCGAGUGCGGAUGGUACGUCGGGUAGCAACGUUGGUAAUAGCGCCAGCAGUAGCAGCCUCUCCACAAGCAUUCUGGUGAACGGUCACGCAAUUCCCAUGACAGAUAAAUCUAUGAUGUCACCGGGGAAUCGGCACGCCACAGACGUGCGAAACUUUGCGAGUAAAUCGACCGUUAAAGAGCUAUCAUCGGCGUCAACUAAUUCAUCAGAGGGUCGUGGGUACACAUGGAGCAAUCACAGCAACGCGGAUCAAUCCGCAAUGAUUAAAUCGGAUUCACGUGGCCCGUCACGAUCAGAGCAAUCUCCCUUGAUGAUACCCGGGCAACAAAUUUGUGCAGAUGUCCGCGGAGUUCCACGGCAAGAUCAAUCUAUGCUUCCUAAUAUGGACGGUUCCAGUGCUUCUCAGACAGACGCGAAUGCAUCGUCGCAUGUGGAUAUGUGCGGCAAUGCGAAUGUCCUGCGGAUAGAGCAAUCGAUUGCCGCAGCGCCUCUAGACGGUCGUGUAAUGGCACGUUUAGAGCUACUGGUGAAUAAUAUACCUUUGGAUUCGGACGAUUUAUUGUGUCCGAGACAGCCAGAUCAGUCGGCAAACAUUCGACGAACAAACACGACCAACGAGGAUCAGCGCGUGAUGAGACAACAACCAGAACAAUCGACGAAUAUUCGCGCGGUCGAGGAUCUACGGGGAAUGAGGCAACUGCCUGAGCAGUCCACAAACGUUCGCGUUGGUGAGGAUCUGCGAGCGAUAAGACAACAGUCAGAACAAUCCACGAGUGUUCGCCAGCAAGAGGAGAUACGAACUCCGCGUGCGGAGCAAUCGAUAAGUACAGCGCCACUUCUAGAUCUAUGCGGAGUUUCACGCGGUCAGCAGAAUGCGAAUCCUCCACUGACGGAUAAUCGGGCUGUAGUGUUUCGAACGGAACAAUCAGCGGUGAUUCCUCUCUCCGAUGGACGAACGAUUCCUAUUGUGGAACAUAUGUCGCCUGUCACGCUACCAGAUUCCCGUUCCAGUGUACCGCGUAUUCCGCAGAGCGCAUCUUCAUUGUCAAGUCAAUCUAUUGCUGCAUCCGUGCCUGGGCAGUCUGUGACGCAACCAGGAUCCUCCGUAGUGCUCAGCGAAGAUAUCAAUCAUUCCGAAGAACCAUUGCCGCCUGGUUGGGAAAUGAGAUACGAUUUAUACGGAAGAAGGUAUUAUGUUGAUCACAAUACUCGAAGCACGUCUUGGGAGAGACCACAGCCUUUGCCUCCUGGAUGGGAAGUUCGGCGAGAUCCGAGAGGUAGAAUUUAUUAUGUUGAUCAUAAUACAAGAAGCACCACGUGGCAAAGGCCAAAUACAGAAAGAUUACAACAUUUCCAACAUUGGCAAGGUGAAAGGCAAUACGUUGUCCAACAAGGCAAUCAAAGAUUUCUUUAUCCUCAGGCUCACAGUAAUCAAGCUUCUGCUGGUCCAUCGACAUCCAUGGUUGAUGAUGACGACGCUUUGGGACCAUUACCGGCAGGUUGGGAAAAACGGAAACAACCAGAAGGGAGAGUUUAUUAUGUAAAUCAUAAGAACCGUACUACGCAAUGGGAAGAUCCUCGAACACAGGGUCAAGAGACUGGAAUGGAUGAGCCACCGUUGCCGGAUGGUUGGGAAAUACGAUUAACGGAAGAUGGGGUGCGGUAUUUUGUAGAUCAUAAUACUCGAACAACGACAUUUCAGGAUCCAAGACCUGGUGCACCCAAAGGUCCGAAAGGUGUAUAUCGUGUUCCGAGAGCAUACGAAAGGUCAUUCCGAUGGAAACUGUCUCAAUUCCGAUUUUUGUGUCAGACUAAUGCAUUGCCUAAUCACAUUAAAAUUAGCGUUAGUCGGCAGACACUGUUCGAAGAUUCUUACCAUCAAAUAAUGAACGCGGAAGCCUUUGCACUAAGACGGCGAUUAUAUAUAAUAUUUAAAGGAGAAGAGGGUCUGGAUUAUGGAGGUGUAUCUAGGGAAUGGUUUUUCUUAUUAAGCCACGAAGUUUUAAAUCCGAUGUAUUGCCUAUUUGAGUAUGCCAAUAAAAGCAAUUACAGCUUACAAAUAAAUCCGGCAUCAUACGUCAAUCCAGACCAUUUGCAGUACUUCAAGUUUAUAGGAAGAUUUAUUGCAAUGGCCCUUUAUCACGGCCGAUUUAUAUAUAGUGGAUUCACAAUGCCGUUUUAUAAGCGCAUGUUAAAUAAAAAAUUAGUAAUGAAGGAUAUAGAAUCCAUCGAUCCAGAAUUCUACAAAUCCCUCGUGUGGAUAAAAGAAAAUAACAUCGACGAAUGUGGCCUAGAAUUAUAUUAUAGCGUGGAUUUCGAGAUUCUUGGUCAAGUGAUACAUCACGAGUUAAAGGAAGGUGGUGAUAAAGUUAGAGUAGGCGAAGACAAUAAGGAAGAUUAUAUUAGGUUGAUGACUGAAUGGAGAAUGACAAGGGGUAUCGAGGAGCAAACUAAAGCAUUUUUAGAAGGCUUUAAUUCGGUCGUGCCACUUGAAUGGCUCAAAUAUUUCGAUGAACGUGAACUGGAGCUCAUGCUUUGCGGCAUGCAAGAAAUAGACGUUGAAGACUGGCAACGCAAUACUAUUUAUAGACAUUACACUCGUAACAGCAAACAGAUCUUAUGGUUUUGGCAGUUUGUAACGAGAACGGAUAGUGAAAAAAGAGCUAGAUUAUUGCAGUUUGUAACUGGUACUUGCCGUGUGCCUGUUGGUGGAUUUGCUGAACUAAUGGGAAGCAAUGGGCCACAAAGAUUUUGUAUAGAGAAAUUCGGCAAAGAUACCUGGCUACCAAGGUCACAUACCUGUUUUAAUAGACUAGAUUUGCCACCUUACAAAAGUUACGACCAAUUAGUAGAAAAACUGAAUUACGCAAUUGAAGAAACGGAAGGUUUUGGCCAAGAAUAAUCAUGAACAUAUUAACUAAUGAUUAAUGUGGUAGGUACACAGCAUUUGUGUAUGACUAAUGGAUGAUAAAAACAAAAUUUAACAUAGUGUCGCAAACUGAUGAUAAACGAUUCUAUGCUAUAUUCGAAAUCUGUUUGGGGCAGCUAUAAUUAACAUUGUAAAAGUUGCAAAUAAUUGAAGAUGUGUAUAGAUAUAUUGUUCCAAAAAAUUUGUAUGAAAUAUCGUAAAUUAUAUGCAAAUAAUGUAAUAAUCUAUA